AUGAUGGCACCAAAACCCAUGAGGUAAACCGAAUAUUACCAAAAUGACGAGCCCUUCUAUGUAGUAUUCAUUCAUCACUAUGCAAACGCAACAACAUGCAUUGGUUGCACAAAUGAGUUCCCCAAGCGAGUACAGAUAGCACCCUACAACAUUGCCAUACUUCGCGCGCAAAGAGCGUUACUGGUACCUAAAAAAAGAUGAUCAAGGGAAUGUUGAAAUGGUACCAACCCAUAAAAAGAAGGCCAAGAGGUUUUACUGCGUACAUAAAGAGUGUAUUCUUCGAAGGCACCCUUAGUUCUGGAGAGGUUUGGUAACUGUCUCUACUAAUGUCCAGGGGCGCUUGAAAGAGAGCCACAAGGAUCUAUAUGCAAUGCUAAAGUUUAGAUAACAAGAGGAUAAUGCACAAAGCAAACUCAACUAAAGGAGGAGUAAGAUUUCAACUGGUCUUAUUGCUACUCAUAUGAUGCCACCUAUGAACGAUAGAAAAACCAAUUGUGAGCGUCCAUCUGGCACAGCUUGAUGUUAUUGUGCAUCAUUUUUCGGUUACUGCGCCUCUGAAGUGUCAUUCCUAGCAAAAUUGCCAGGGGGGCAUAGCCAGCCCAUACUGAGAUCUGUAGGCCCAAGCCUAAAACUUUUUGGUUUGAUCGCUCUACCGCUUGUAAUAAAUUAUGCAUUGCUGGAGUGAGCUUAAAAGGUUAAGUCUAUUGGUGAGGUCAGUGUGUAUUAGCAGUGCGUGCAAUUUUCAGGAUAUCUAUGUUAAAUGAAAGUCAGCCAGGCCUACAACUGGUCGAAAAGCUGGCUACACCCUUGACUGCUUGCUGAUCGUGGUAGUGAGCUUUCUUUGUAUGUCUGAUCCACAAUAUUUGUCCUGUAUCCUUUCGUUUCUCUAUUAAGGUUUUGCUCAAAUAAAUUUUCAAGAAUGCAAACGGCUGUCUCCUAUAGGUUUUGCCGCACGGAUUAAAGAGGGCCCAAAAUCUAACUUGCAAUGACAUUGAACCUAUUAAUGAUUCGGAGAUGGACGCUCUACAGCUCAUAGGCUCCUCGUUAGGCCCUGUUCCUUAUUCCCAGUAAAUUUUCACAACAACAACAGCAACAAAAGUACGUUUCAUAUUAGCUUGCGAUAUUUGGUGGUGAGGUGAGGCACGAAUAUUUGUAUUUCCUACUAGGUUAUUUAGUUUCUUUUCAUGAUUUAUUUCAGUACCGUGCAGUACACGAAAAAUUACUCGCAUAAUAAGAUGAUUAUCGAAAUAGUGAAUGCUGCUGAUAGAAUCAAGGGAAUAAUCUAUCCACAAAAAAGUAACUGGUUUGAUAAAAAUAACAUCCUACUAUACGUAUACUUACUUUUUUUUUUUUCAGACAACAUUGAUUCGGGGUGACGGAUUUACGGCGUUUAAAAAGAAUGAAAUAAUAAAUGAAUUAAAUGUUUGUAAAAAGCACCCGUUUUAAACAAGUGUGUCAACUACUUUUGUCCCUCAUGUAGCUUCAUAAAAUAGUAAUAAUUUCUUGCAAAAUUACAACAUUUUGAAAUGACUUUUAAAUACGACUCAUUAAUAACGGUUUUGGACUGAUUAGUGUUCAACUCGGUCUGUAAUGAUACGAGUGAUUACUGAAAUGGACGACACAAAGUCCUGGUAUCAAUUAAUCAUAACCAUUGCAAUUUCCGAGGAAAUAAAUACAUCCUUUUUGGUGGAAGAGCUUUUAAUAACAAUCAUCCAAAAUAAGGGAAACUUUCCCAAUUUCUCUCUCAGAGACAGUCUAAUGUUACAAAUUCGUCCAAUUUGGAGAAUCCCCAGUUUACUAGGUUAAGCGGUUGUUGCUAUGCUUAUUGAGAUAACUUCUGUGAUUGGUGGAUUUUGCCAAGUGCAGUUAAUAAUGAGUUUUAGAAAUAAAAGAGAAGCCUCCAGAGUCGUCAGGAAUUGAUCAGUAGUUUUAUGUUUACACUUAUUUCCAUGGCAAGAAAACAAAUUUAAAGGACGACAAAAGAGAGAAAGAGAAGUGAAAAAUGCAGAAGCAGAGCAAACUCCCCAAAACAGAACAGGAAUAUUCACACAACACCAGCUCUUUGGCCUUGAACUAGAAUUUGAACUAAAAGAAAUUGUGUCAAGUAAUGAAAUUUCCGAUAUUUCUCAAAGACUGCAACUUAGUGAACCCCAAGUUAGACCUUCGUUUUAACACAGACGAGCAAAAUGGAGGAGAAAAGGAAUGCUACGCAGACCUGAUGCUCACUGCAAAAGGAAACUUUACGCUUAAAAAGCUUGUUAACUGGAUUUAUAGCCAUUGACAUUUUUAUGGUUGGUGGCUUCUAGAGAAGCCGUUUUUUUCUAAUAGCCUUAGCAUUCAAAGCUAAAGACUGUCAAUUAUCUGAGCUAUUUUAGCUGAAAAGCUGUCCUUUUGUUCCUGUUGUUCUUCUUUGGAAAACAAACGUUUCAUCACUGAUUGGCAGUUUUCUUUUACUGUCCAAAUUUGUGCUGUGAAUCUUCUUCAUAUGCCUGUCAAGCCAUGAAAUGAAUAUGUUGAUUGACAUGCUUCACCAAAGAGCAGUUUACUAGGUUUUGAAGAGGAUGCUUUAAAUUGUUCUUCUUGGUCUUUCUUGGAUGACAUCGUUUCAAAUGUUUGUCCAACCCUUUGAAAUACAAGCCAGCUUGUUAACAACCAGAAAAUCAGCAGUAAACAUCUGAAGCCAUGAUUUCUAAUAACGCUUACUCAGUAGCUACGCAAUCGAACUUUGUCUGCCAUUGGCUUGGCAAUACAAAUGUACAAUGUACACCUGGGAUUUGAGGCCAGAUGUAUUUGCAUAAUCAUAGUAAGCACGUGGCACCUCGUGCUUGACUUCAUUUGCCUAUCAAAAACGCAAAACAAAUAAUGCCUUCUCUGCAGAGCGCACUAUGCGAUUCGUGCCAGGGUUCAGUGCUAUUUAGAGUUCAACCCUCAUUUAAAAUGGAAUUACUGUUUUUCGAUUUUCUUUUGUAAUAUUUUCAAUUGCUCGAAUGGUUCCCUGCCUGGUGGCUACACAGAAUUUCUUCUCAUUUCUCGUUUUUCCUACUUUUUCCAUUCAAAGGAGAAAAGGUUUAACACUUAAACUUGGUCUUAAUGUAACUGUAAUGAAGUUGAAACGAAUACAAUAAGCUUCUCUCCAAUUUUUUUUAGGGACAAAAUCUUAGAAAAAUUGUGUCUUGGGACAGGAAGACAUGAAGCUGAACUGUAAUUUGGUAUGUAUAUUAUUUCGUCCCGAGAAGACCAUUUCAAGGUUUUUUUCCUUUGAGGGAAAGGAAGAACAACAGGAAAACAUGGCCAAUCUUUGCUUUAAAGCGCUAACAAGUGUAUGCUGCAGUUAAAUGGUCAUCAUUUGUAAUAGUCGAUCAUGCACACGCAUUAUACCUGUUUUAAGACAGAUGUAGACUUUACCACAAGUUGACUUUUUUUGAGCAACAUAGUUGUGAAAAGAGUGCCCAACGAAAAUGGACUUUCAGAAAGUCUAAGGCAGAUGUGUAGGAAUUUUAGUACCUUCUGGAGGCCUCGGUUGUCGGCUUUGGGUUUACCUCUAGCAAAAUUUGGUUUCGUGUCUGGUUUGAAUUUGCAACAGAACCUGGAAACAAAAACUUUUUAACCUAUUAAUUCAUUGAUCUAGACCAUUUUUAUGAGCGUCAAAGAACACAAUACAAUACCUGCACCAAAAUGGUGUCGCUCACCGAGAUCUUAAGCCAGCAAAUAUCCUGAUCAGCAAUUAACAUUAUUGUGAUUUGGCAAUCGAUGAUAUAGAGCAAGCCUGGGAAUGCCACCCUUUAGUUCGUAAAGUUGCUGAUUUUGGCGAAGGCUGCUUUGGUGAAAUACAGACUAAUUCCAGUCUACAGUCCAAAACGAAUCGCGAAACCAAGGUACACCCAUGUAUAUGGCCCCGAGAUGCUAGUUGAAGAGAUGCGAUUGCCAGUUGCAUCAGCAGUCUUUUGGCAUGAUCUUCUCUGUCCUUAUUAAUUGAGCAUCUGGUACCCAUACUAUGGGAAAAUUCAAGAAGCCCUAGAAGGGGAAAGCGCCUAUUUGGACGUUUGAGAAUCUCUUUAAGAACAGGAAAGUUUGAGUUUGAUAGCAGCUACACGGUGCAGACCAAGAAUGAAAAGAUAUAAUGUGACAAGAGCUGCAAAUCCUUUCGCGAUGGUGGUGGUUUCUGCCCUCAUGUUCUUGUUGUUGCAGAGAAAAUUGAAAAGCUGCGAAGCUUCAUGGAUUCCUACAAGAAAUCUAGUAACAAACUGGGCAACAUCAGCGCAAACCUCCCUAAACAACUUGGGGGAAAGCCAAAUCAAGAAAAGAAACCAAGAAGAGGAAAAAACAAUGUGAGCCAGGAACCAGUCCUGUUAGAGGAAGACUAUUCCGACAUGAUGGCACCAAAACCCAUGAGGUAAACCGAAUAUUACCAAAAUGACGAGCCCUUCUAUGUAGUAUUCAUUCAUCACUAUGCAAACGCAACAACAUGCAUUGGUUGCACAAAUGAGUUCCCAAGCGAGUACAGAUAGCACCCUACAACAUUGCCAUACUUCAAAAGAGCGUUACUGGUACCUAAAAAAAGAUGAUCAAGGGAAUGUUGAAAUGGUACCAACCCAUAAAAAAGAAGGCCAAGAGGUUUUACUGCGUACAUAAAGAGUGUAUUCUUCGAAGGCACCCUUAGUUCUGGAGAGGUUUGGUAACUGUCUCUACUAAUGUCCAGGGGCGCUUGAAAGAGAGCCACAAGGAUCUAUAUGCAAUGCUAAAGUUUAGAUAACAAGAGGAUAAUGCACAAAGCAAACUCAACUAAAGGAGGAGUAAGAUUUCAACUGGUCUUAUUGCUACUCAUAUGAUGCCACCUAUGAACGAUAGAAAAACCAAUUGUGAGCGUCCAUCUGGCACAGCUUGAUGUUAUUGUGCAUCAUUUUUCGGUUACUGCGCCUCUGAAGUGUCAUUCCUAGCAAAAUUGCCAGGGGCAUAGCCAGCCCAUACUGAGAUCUGUAGGCCCAAGCCUAAAACUUUUUUGGUUUGAUCGCUCUACCGCUUGUAAUAAAUUAUGCAUUGCUGGAGUGAGCUUAAAAGGUUAAGUCUAUUGGUGAGGUCAGUGUGUAUUAGCAGUGCGUGCAAUUUUCAGGAUAUCUAUGUUAAAUGAAAGUCAGCCAGGCCUACAACUGGUCGAAAAGCUGGCUACACCCUUGACUGCUUGCUGAUCGUGGUAGUGAGCUUUCUUUGUAUGUCUGAUCCACAAUAUUUGUCCUGUAUCCUUUCGUUUCUCUAUUAAGGUUUUGCUCAAAUAAAUUUUCAAGAAUGCAAACGGCUGUCUCCUAUAGGUUUUGCCGCACGGAUUAAAGAGGGCCCAAAAUCUAACUUGCAAUGACAUUGAACCUAUUAAUGAUUCGGAGAUGGACGCUCUACAGCUCAUAGGCUCCUCGUUAGGCCCUGUUCCUUAUUCCCAGUAAAUUUUCACAACAACAACAGCAACAAAAGUACGUUUCAUAUUAGCUUGCGAUAUUUGGUGGUGAGGUGAGGCACGAAUAUUUGUAUUUCCUACUAGGUUAUUUAGUUUCUUUUCAUGAUUUAUUUCAGUACCGUGCAGUACACGAAAAAUUACUCGCAUAAUAAGAUGAUUAUCGAAAUAGUGAAUGCUGCUGAUAGAAUCAAGGGAAUAAUCUAUCCACAAAAAAAGUAACUGGUUUGAUAAAAAUAACAUCCUACUAUACGUAUACUUACUUUUUUUUUUUUUACUUCAGACAACAUUGAUUCGGGGUGACGGGAUUUACGGCGUUUAAAAAGAAUGAAAUAAUAAAUGAAUUAAAUGUUUGUAAAAAGCACCUGUUUUAAACAAGUGUGUCAACUACUUUUGUCCCUCAUGUAGCUUCAUAAAAUAGUAAUAAUUUCUUGCAAAAUUACAACAUUUUGAAAUGACUUUUAAAUACGACUCAUUAAUAACGGUUUUGGACUGAUUAGUGUUCAACUCGGUCUGUAAUGAUACGAGUGAUUACUGAAAUGGACGACACAAAGUCCUGGUAUCAAUUAAUCAUAACCAUUGCAAUUUCCGAGGAAAUAAAUACAUCCUUUUUGGUGGAAGAGCUUUUAAUAACAAUCAUCCAAAAUAAGGGAAACUUUCCCCAAUUUCUCUCUCAGAGACAGUCUAAUGUUACAAAUUCGUCCAAUUUGGAGAAUCCCCAGUUUACUAGGUUAAGCGGUUGUUGCUAUGCUUAUUGAGAUAACUUAUGUGAUUGGUGGAUUUUUGCCAAGUGCAGUUAAUAAUGAGUUUUAGAAAUAAAAAGAGAAGCCUCCAGAGUCGUCAGGAAUUGAUCAGUAGUUUUAUGUUUACACUUAUUUCCAUGGCAAGAAAACAAAUUUAAAGGACGACAAAAGAGAGAAAGAGAAGUGAAAAAUGCAGAAGCAGAGCAAACUCCCCAAAACAGAACAGGAAUAUUCACACAACACCAGCUCUUUUGGCCUUGAACUAGAAUUUGAACUAAAAGAAAUUGUGUCAAGUAAUGAAAUUUCCGAUAUUUCUCAAAGACUGCAACUUAGUGAACCCCAAGUUAGACCUUCGUUUUAACACAGACGAGCAAAAUGGAGGAGAAAAGGAAUGCUACGCAGACCUGAUGCUCACUGCAAAAGGAAACUUUACGCUUAAAAGCUUGUUAACUGGAUUUAUAGCCAUUGACAUUUUUAUGGUUGGUGGCUUCUAGAGAAGCCGUUUUUUUUCUAAUAGCCUUAGCAUUCAAAGCUAAAGACUGUCAAUUAUCUGAGCUAUUUUAGCUGAAAAGCUGUCCUUUUGUUCCUGUUGUUCUUCUUUGAAAAACAAACGUUUCAUCACUGAUUGGCAGUUUUCUUUACUGUCCAAAUUUGUGCUGUGAAUCUUCUUCAUAUGCCUGUCAAGCCAUGAAAUGAAUAUGUUGAUUGACAUGCUUCACCAAAGAGCAGUUUACUAGGUUUUGAAGAGGAUGCUUUAAAUUGUUCUUCUUGGUCUUUCUUGAUGACAUCGUUUCAAAUGUUUGUCCAACCCUUUGAAAUACAAGCCAGCUUGUUAACAACCAGAAAAUCAGCAGUAAACAUCUGAAGCCAUGAUUUCUAAUAACGCUUACUCAGUAGCUACGCAAUCGAACUUUGUCUGCCAUUGGCUUGGCAAUACAAAUGUACAAUGUACACCUGGGAUUUGAGGCCAGAUGUAUUUGCAUAAUCAUAGUAAGCACGUGGCACCUCGUGCUUGACUUCAUUUGCCUAUCAAAAACGCAAAAACAAAUAAUGCCUUCUCUGCAGAGCGCACUAUGCGAUUCGUGCCAGGGUUCAGUGCUAUUUAGAGUUCAACCCUCAUUUAAAAUGGAAUUACUGUUUUUCGAUUUUCUUUUGUAAUAUUUUCAAUUGCUCGAAUGGUUCCCUGCCUGGUGGCUACACAGAAUUUCUUCUCAUUUCUCGUUUUUCCUACUUUUUCCAUUCAAAGGAGAAAAGGUGUAACACUUAAACUUGGUCUUAAUGUAACUGUAAUGAAGUUGAAACGAAUACAAUAAGCUUCUCUCCAAUUUUUUUAGGGACAAAAUCUUAGAAAAAUUGUGUCUUGGGACAGGAAGACAUGAAGCUGAACUGUAAUUUGGUAUGUAUAUUAUUUCGUCCCGAGAAGACCAUUUCAAGGUUUUUUUCCUUUGAGGGAAAGGAAGAACAACAGGAAAACAUGGCCAAUCUUUGCUUUAAAGCGCUAACAAGUGUAUGCUGCAGUUAAAUGGUCAUCAUUUGUAAUAGUCGAUCAUGCACACGCAUUAUACCUGUUUUAAGACAGAUGUAGACUUUACCACAAGUUGACUUUUUUGAGCAACAUAGUUGUGAAAAGAGUGCCCAACGAAAAUGGACUUUCAGAAAGUCUAAGGCAGAUGUGUAGGAAUUUUAGUACCUUCUGGAGGCCUCGGUUGUCGGCUUUGGGUUUACCUCUAGCAAAAUUUGGUUUCGUGUCUGGUUUGAAUUUGCAACAGAACCUGGAAACAAAAACUUUUUAACCUAUUAAUUCAUUGAUCUAGACCAUUUUUAUGAGCGUCAAAGAACACAAUACAAUACCUGCACCAAAAUGGUGUCGCUCACCGAGAUCUUAAGCCAGCAAAUAUCCUGAUCAGCAAUUAACAUUAUUGUGAUUUGGCAAUCGAUGAUAUAGAGCAAGCCUGGGAAUGCCACCCUUUAGUUCGUAAAGUUGCUGAUUUUGGCGAAGGCUGCUUUGGUGAAAUACAGACUAAUUCCAGUCUACAGUCCAAAACGAAUCGCGUAAACCAAGGUACACCCAUGUAUAUGGCCCCCGAGAUGCUAGUUGAAGAGAUGCGAUUGCCAGUUGCAUCAGCAGUCUUUUGGCAUGAUCUUCUCUGUCCUUAUUAAUUGAGCAUCUGGUACCCAUACUAUGGGAAAAUUCAAGAAGCCCUAGAAGGGGAAAGCGCCUAUUUGGACGUUUGAGAAUCUCUUUAAGAACAGGAAAGUUUGAGUUUGAUAGCAGCUACACGGUGGAGACCAAGAAUGAAAAGAUAUAAUGUGACAAGAGCUGCAAAUCCUUUCGCGAUGGUGGUGGUUUCUGCCCUCAUGUUCUUGUUGUUGCAGAGAAAAUUGAAAAGCUGCGAAGCUUCAUGGAUUCCUACAAGAAAUCUAGUAACAAACUGGGCAACAUCAGCGCAAACCUCCCUAAACAACUUGGGGGAAAGCCAAAUCAAGAAAAGAAACCAAGAAGAGGAAAAAACAAUGUGAGCCAGGAACCAGUCCUGUUAGAGGAAGACUAUUCCGACAUGAUGGCACCAAAACCCAUGAGGUAAACCGAAUAUUACCAAAAUGACGAGCCCUUCUAUGUAGUAUUCAUUCAUCACUAUGCAAACGCAACAACAUGCAUUGGUUGCACAAAUGAGUUCCCCAAGCGAGUACAGAUAGCACCCUACAACAUUGCCAUACUUCAAAGAGCGUUACUGGUACCUAAAAAAAAGAUGAUCAAGGGAAUGUUGAAAUGGUACCAACCCAUAAAAAGAAGGCCAAGAGGUUUUACUGCGUACAUAAAAAGAGUGUAUUCUUCGAAGGCACCCUUAGUUCUGGAGAGGUUUGGUAACUGUCUCUACUAAUGUCCAGGGGCGCUUGAAAGAGAGCCACAAGGAUCUAUAUGCAAUGCUAAAGUUUAGAUAACAAGAGGAUAAUGCACAAAGCAAACUCAACUAAAGGAGGAGUAAGAUUUCAACUGGUCUUAUUGCUACUCAUAUGAUGCCACCUAUGAACGAUAGAAAAACCAAUUGUGAGCGUCCAUCUGGCACAGCUUGAUGUUAUUGUGCAUCAUUUUUCGGUUACUGCGCCUCUGAAGUGUCAUUCCUAGCAAAAUUGCCAGGGGCAUAGCCAGCCCAUACUGAGAUCUGUAGGCCCAAGCCUAAAACUUUUUGGUUUGAUCGCUCUACCGCUUGUAAUAAAUUAUGCAUUGCUGGAGUGAGCUUAAAAGGUUAAGUCUAUUGGUGAGGUCAGUGUGUAUUAGCAGUGCGUGCAAUUUUCAGGAUAUCUAUGUUAAAUGAAAGUCAGCCAGGCCUACAACUGGUCGAAAAGCUGGCUACACCCUUGACUGCUUGCUGAUCGUGGUAGUGAGCUUUCUUUGUAUGUCUGAUCCACAAUAUUUGUCCUGUAUCCUUUCGUUUCUCUAUUAAGGUUUUGCUCAAAUAAAUUUUCAAGAAUGCAAACGGCUGUCUCCUAUAGGUUUUGCCGCACGGAUUAAAGAGGGCCCAAAAUCUAACUUGCAAUGACAUUGAACCUAUUAAUGAUUCGGAGAUGGACGCUCUACAGCUUCAUAGGCUCCUCGUUAGGCCCUGUUCCUUAUUCCCAGUAAAUUUUCACAACAACAACAGCAACAAAAGUACGUUUCAUAUUAGCUUGCGAUAUUUGGUGGUGAGGUGAGGCACGAAUAUUUGUAUUUCCUACUAGGUUAUUUAGUUUCUUUUCAUGAUUUAUUUCAGUACCGUGCAGUACACGAAAAAUUACUCGCAUAAUAAGAUGAUUAUCGAAAUAGUGAAUGCUGCUGAUAGAAUCAAGGGAAUAAUCUAUCCACAAAAAAAAGUAACUGGUUUGAUAAAAAUAACAUCCUACUAUACGUAUACUUACUUUUUUUUUUACUUCAGACAACAUUGAUUCGGGGUGACGGAUUUACGGCGUUUAAAAAGAAUGAAAUAAUAAAUGAAUUAAAUGUUUGUAAAAAGCACCCGUUUUAAACAAGUGUGUCAACUACUUUUGUCCCUCAUGUAGCUUCGCAAAAUAGUAAUAAUUUCUUGCAAAAUUACAACAUUUUGAAAUGACUUUUAAAUACGACUCAUUAAUAACGGUUUUGGACUGAUUAGUGUUCAACUCGGUCUGUAAUGAUACGAGUGAUUACUGAAAUGGACGACACAAAGUCCUGGUAUCAAUUAAUCAUAACCAUUGCAAUUUCCGAGGAAAUAAAUACAUCCUUUUUGGUGGAAGAGCUUUUAAUAACAAUCAUCCAAAAUAAGGGAAACUUUCCCCAAUUUCUCUCUCAGAGACAGUCUAAUGUUACAAAUUCGUCCAAUUUGGAGAAUCCCCAGUUUACUAGGUUAAGCGGUUGUUGCUAUGCUUAUUGAGAUAACUUCUGUGAUUGGUGGAUUUUUGCCAAGUGCAGUUAAUAAUGAGUUUUAGAAAUAAAAAGAGAAGCCUCCAGAGUCGUCAGGAAUUGAUCAGUAGUUUUAUGUUUACACUUAUUUCCAUGGCAAGAAAACAAAUUUAAAGGACGACAAAAGAGAGAAAGAGAAGUGAAAAAUGCAGAAGCAGAGCAAACUCCCCAAAACAGAACAGGAAUAUUCACACAACACCAGCUCUUUGGCCUUGAACUAGAAUUUGAACUAAAAGAAAUUGUGUCAAGUAAUGAAAUUUCCGAUAUUUCUCAAAGACUGCAACUUAGUGAACCCCAAGUUAGACCUUCGUUUUAACACAGACGAGCAAAAUGGAGGAGAAAAGGAAUGCUACGCAGACCUGAUGCUCACUGCAAAAGGAAACUUUACGCUUAAAAGCUUGUUAACUGGAUUUAUAGCCAUUGACAUUUUUAUGGUUGGUGGCUUCUAGAGAAGCCGUUUUUUUCUAAUAGCCUUAGCAUUCAAAGCUAAAGACUGUCAAUUAUCUGAGCUAUUUUAGCUGAAAAGCUGUCCUUUUGUUCCUGUUGUUCUUCUUUGAAAACAAACGUUUCAUCACUGAUUGGCAGUUUUCUUUACUGUCCAAAUUUGUGCUGUGAAUCUUCUUCAUAUGCCUGUCAAGCCAUGAAAUGAAUAUGUUGAUUGACAUGCUUCACCAAAGAGCAGUUUACUAGGUUUUGAAGAGGAUGCUUUAAAUUGUUCUUCUUGGUCUUUCUUGAUGACAUCGUUUCAAAUGUUUGUCCAACCCUUUGAAAUACAAGCCAGCUUGUUAACAACCAGAAAAUCAGCAGUAAACAUCUGAAGCCAUGAUUUCUAAUAACGCUUACUCAGUAGCUACGCAAUCGAACUUUGUCUGCCAUUGGCUUGGCAAUACAAAUGUACAAUGUACACCUGGGAUUUGAGGCCAGAUGUAUUUGCAUAAUCAUAGUAAGCACGUGGCACCUCGUGCUUGACUUCAUUUGCCUAUCAAAAACGCAAAACAAAUAAUGCCUUCUCUGCAGAGCGCACUAUGCGAUUCGUGCCAGGGUUCAGUGCUAUUUAGAGUUCAACCCUCAUUUAAAAUGGAAUUACUGUUUUUCGAUUUUCUUUUGUAAUAUUUUCAAUUGCUCGAAUGGUUCCCUGCCUGGUGGCUACACAGAAUUUCUUCUCAUUUCUCGUUUUUCCUACUUUUUCCAUUCAAAGGAGAAAAGGUGUAACACUUAAACUUGGUCUUAAUGUAACUGUAAUGAAGUUGAAACGAAUACAAUAAGCUUCUCUCCAAUUUUUUUUAGGGACAAAAUCUUAGAAAAAUUGUGUCUUGGGACAGGAAGACAUGAAGCUGAACUGUAAUUUGGUAUGUAUAUUAUUUCGUCCCGAGAAGACCAUUUCAAGGUUUUUUUCCUUUGAGGGAAAGGAAGAACAACAGGAAAACAUGGCCAAUCUUUGCUUUAAAGCGCUAACAAGUGUAUGCUGCAGUUAAAUGGUCAUCAUUUGUAAUAGUCGAUCAUGCACACGCAUUAUACCUGUUUUAAGACAGAUGUAGACUUUACCACAAGUUGACUUUUUUGAGCAACAUAGUUGUGAAAAGAGUGCCCAACGAAAAUGGACUUUCAGAAAGUCUAAGGCAGAUGUGUAGGAAUUUUAGUACCUUCUGGAGGCCUCGGUUGUCGGCUUUGGGUUUACCUCUAGCAAAAUUUGGUUUCGUGUCUGGUUUGAAUUUGCAACAGAACCUGGAAACAAAAACUUUUUAACCUAUUAAUUCAUUGAUCUAGACCAUUUUUAUGAGCGUCAAAGAACACAAUACAAUACCUGCACCAAAAUGGUGUCGCUCACCGAGAUCUUAAGCCAGCAAAUAUCCUGAUCAGCAAUUAACAUUAUUGUGAUUUGGCAAUCGAUGAUAUAGAGCAAGCCUGGGAAUGCCACCCUUUAGUUCGUAAAGUUGCUGAUUUUGGCGAAGGCUGCUUUGGUGAAAUACAGACUAAUUCCAGUCUACAGUCCAAAACGAAUCGCGUAAACCAAGGUACACCCAUGUAUAUGGCCCCCGAGAUGCUAGUUGAAGAGAUGCGAUUGCCAGUUGCAUCAGCAGUCUUUUGGCAUGAUCUUCUCUGUCCUUAUUAAUUGAGCAUCUGGUACCCAUACUAUGGGAAAAUUCAAGAAGCCCUAGAAGGGGAAAGCGCCUAUUUGGACGUUUGAGAAUCUCUUUAAGAACAGGAAAGUUUGAGUUUGAUAGCAGCUACACGGUGGAGACCAAGAAUGAAAAGAUAUAAUGUGACAAGAGCUGCAAAUCCUUCGCGAUGGUGGUGGUUUCUGCCCUCAUGUUCUUGUUGUUGCAGAGAAAAUUGAAAAGCUGCGAAGCUUCAUGGAUUCCUACAAGAAAUCUAGUAACAAACUGGGCAACAUCAGCGCAAACCUCCCUAAACAACUUGGGGGAAAGCCAAAUCAAGAAAAGAAACCAAGAAGAGGAAAAAACAAUGUGAGCCAGGAACCAGUCCUGUUAGAGGAAGACUAUUCCGACAUGAUGGCACCAAAACCCAUGAGGUAAACCGAAUAUUACCAAAAUGACGAGCCCUUCUAUGUAGUAUUCAUUCAUCACUAUGCAAACGCAACAACAUGCAUUGGUUGCACAAAUGAGUUCCCCAAGCGAGUACAGAUAGCACCCUACAACAUUGCCAUACUUCAAAAAGAGCGUUACUGGUACCUAAAAAAAAAGAUGAUCAAGGGAAUGUUGAAAUGGUACCAACCCAUAAAAAGAAGGCCAAGAGGUUUUACUGCGUACAUAAAGAGUGUAUUCUUCGAAGGCACCCUUAGUUCUGGAGAGGUUUGGUAACUGUCUCUACUAAUGUCCAGGGGCGCUUGAAAGAGAGCCACAAGGAUCUAUAUGCAAUGCUAAAGUUUAGAUAACAAGAGGAUAAUGCACAAAGCAAACUCAACUAAAGGAGGAGUAAGAUUUCAACUGGUCUUAUUGCUACUCAUAUGAUGCCACCUAUGAACGAUAGAAAAACCAAUUGUGAGCGUCCAUCUGGCACAGCUUGAUGUUAUUGUGCAUCAUUUUUCGGUUACUGCGCCUCUGAAGUGUCAUUCCUAGCAAAAUUGCCAGGGGCAUAGCCAGCCCAUACUGAGAUCUGUAGGCCCAAGCCUAAAACUUUUUGGUUUGAUCGCUCUACCGCUUGUAAUAAAUUAUGCAUUGCUGGAGUGAGCUUAAAAGGUUAAGUCUAUUGGUGAGGUCAGUGUGUAUUAGCAGUGCGUGCAAUUUUCAGGAUAUCUAUGUUAAAUGAAAGUCAGCCAGGCCUACAACUGGUCGAAAAGCUGGCUACACCCUUGACUGCUUGCUGAUCGUGGUAGUGAGCUUUCUUUGUAUGUCUGAUCCACAAUAUUUGUCCUGUAUCCUUUCGUUUCUCUAUUAAGGUUUUGCUCAAAUAAAUUUUCAAGAAUGCAAACGGCUGUCUCCUAUAGGUUUUGCCGCACGGAUUAAAGAGGGCCCAAAAUCUAACUUGCAAUGACAUUGAACCUAUUAAUGAUUCGGAGAUGGACAGCUCAUAGGCUCCUCGUUAGGCCCUGUUCCUUAUUCCCAGUAAAUUUUCACAACAACAACAGCAACAAAAAAACGUUUCAUAUUAGCUUGCGAUAUUUGGUGGUGAGGUGAGGCACGAAUAUUUGUAUUUCCUACUAGGUUAUUUAGUUUCUUUUCAUGAUUUAUUUCAGUACCGUGCAGUACACGAAAAAUUACUCGCAUAAUAAGAUGAUUAUCGAAAUAGUGAAUGCUGCUGAUAGAAUCAAGGGAAUAAUCUAUCCACAAAAAAAGUAACUGGUUUGAUAAAAAUAACAUCCUACUAUACGUAUACUUACUUUUUUUUUUACUUCAGACAACAUUGAUUCGGGGUGACGGAUUUACGGCGUUUAAAAAGAAUGAAAUAAUAAAUGAAUUAAAUGUUUGUAAAAAGCACCCGUUUUAAACAAGUGUGUCAACUACUUUUGUCCCUCAUGUAGCUUCGCAAAAUAGUAAUAAUUUCUUGCAAAAUUACAACAUUUUGAAAUGACUUUUAAAUACGACUCAUUAAUAACGGUUUUGGACUGAUUAGUGUUCAACUCGGUCUGUAAUGAUACGAGUGAUUACUGAAAUGGACGACACAAAGUCCUGGUAUCAAUUAAUCAUAACCAUUGCAAUUUCCGAGGAAAUAAAUACAUCCUUUUUUGGUGGAAGAGCUUUUAAUAACAAUCAUCCAAAAUAAGGGAAACUUUCCCCAAUUUCUCUCUCAGAGACAGUCUAAUGUUACAAAUUCGUCCAAUUUGGAGAAUCCCCAGUUUACUAGGUUAAGCGGUUGUUGCUAUGCUUAUUGAGAUAACUUCUGUGAUUGGUGGAUUUUUGCCAAGUGCAGUUAAUAAUGAGUUUUAGAAAUAAAAAGAGAAGCCUCCAGAGUCGUCAGGAAUUGAUCAGUAGUUUUAUGUUUACACUUAUUUCCAUGGCAAGAAAACAAAUUUAAAGGACGACAAAAGAGAGAAAGAGAAGUGAAAAAUGCAGAAGCAGAGCAAACUCCCCAAAACAGAACAGGAAUAUUCACACAACACCAGCUCUUUGGCCUUGAACUAGAAUUUGAACUAAAAGAAAUUGUGUCAAGUAAUGAAAUUUCCGAUAUUUCUCAAAGACUGCAACUUAGUGAACCCCAAGUUAGACCUUCGUUUUAACACAGACGAGCAAAAUGGAGGAGAAAAGGAAUGCUACGCAGACCUGAUGCUCACUGCAAAAGGAAACUUUACGCUUAAAAAGCUUGUUAACUGGAUUUAUAGCCAUUGACAUUUUUAUGGUUGGUGGCUUCUAGAGAAGCCGUUUUUUUCUAAUAGCCUUAGCAUUCAAAGCUAAAGACUGUCAAUUAUCUGAGCUAUUUUUAGCUGAAAAGCUGUCCUUUUGUUCCUGUUGUUCUUCUUUGAAAACAAACGUUUCAUCACUGAUUGGCAGUUUUCUUUACUGUCCAAAUUUGUGCUGUGAAUCUUCUUCAUAUGCCUGUCAAGCCAUGAAAUGAAUAUGUUGAUUGACAUGCUUCACCAAAGAGCAGUUUACUAGGUUUUGAAGAGGAUGCUUUAAAUUGUUCUUCUUGGUCUUUCUUGAUGACAUCGUUUCAAAUGUUUGUCCAACCCUUUGAAAUACAAGCCAGCUUGUUAACAACCAGAAAAUCAGCAGUAAACAUCUGAAGCCAUGAUUUCUAAUAACGCUUACUCAGUAGCUACGCAAUCGAACUUUGUCUGCCAUUGGCUUGGCAAUACAAAUGUACAAUGUACACCUGGGAUUUGAGGCCAGAUGUAUUUGCAUAAUCAUAGUAAGCACGUGGCACCUCGUGCUUGACUUCAUUUGCCUAUCAAAAACGCAAAACAAAUAAUGCCUUUCUGCUGCAGAGCGCACUAUGCGAUUCGUGCCAGGGUUCAGUGCUAUUUAGAGUUCAACCCUCAUUUAAAAUGGAAUUACUGUUUUUCGAUUUUCUUUUGUAAUAUUUUCAAUUGCUCGAAUGGUUCCCUGCCUGGUGGCUACACAGAAUUUCUUCUCAUUUCUCGUUUUUCCUACUUUUUCCAUUCAAAGGAGAAAAGGUGUAACACUUAAACUUGGUCUUAAUGUAACUGUAAUGAAGUUGAAACGAAUACAAUAAGCUUCUCUCCAAUUUUUUUUAGGGACAAAAUCUUAGAAAAAUUGUGUCUUGGGACAGGAAGACAUGAAGCUGAACUGUAAUUUGGUAUGUAUAUUAUUUCGUCCCGAGAAGACCAUUUCAAGGUUUUUUUCCUUUGAGGGAAAGGAAGAACAACAGGAAAACAUGGCCAAUCUUUGCUUUAAAGCGCUAACAAGUGUAUGCUGCAGUUAAAUGGUCAUCAUUUGUAAUAGUCGAUCAUGCACACGCAUUAUACCUGUUUUAAGACAGAUGUAGACUUUACCACAAGUUGACUUUUUGAGCAACAUAGUUGUGAAAAAAGAGUGCCCAACGAAAAUGGACUUUCAGAAAGUCUAAGGCAGAUGUGUAGGAAUUUUAGUACCUUCUGGAGGCCUCGGUUGUCGGCUUUGGGUUUACCUCUAGCAAAAUUUGGUUUCGUGUCUGGUUUGAAUUUGCAACAGAACCUGAAACAAAAACUUUUUAACCUAUUAAUUCAUUGAUCUAGACCAUUUUUAUGAGCGUCAAAGAACACAAUACAAUACCUGCACCAAAAUGGUGUCGCUCACCGAGAUCUUAAGCCAGCAAAUAUCCUGAUCAGCAAUUAACAUUAUUGUGAUUUGGCAAUCGAUGAUAUAGAGCAAGCCUGGGAAUGCCACCCUUUAGUUCGUAAAGUUGCUGAUUUUGGCGAAGGCUGCUUUGGUGAAAUACAGACUAAUUCCAGUCUACAGUCCAAAACGAAUCGCGUAGAACCAAGGUACACCCAUGUAUAUGGCCCCCGAGAUGCUAGUUGAAGAGAUGCGAUUGCCAGUUGCAUCAGCAGUCUUUUGGCAUGAUCUUCUCUGUCCUUAUUAAUUGAGCAUCUGGUACCCAUACUAUGGGAAAAUUCAAGAAGCCCUAGAAGGGGAAAGCGCCUAUUUGGACGUUUGAGAAUCUCUUUAAGAACAGGAAAGUUUGAGUUUGAUAGCAGCUACACGGUGGAGACCAAGAAUGAAAAGAUAUAAUGUGACAAGAGCUGCAAAUCCUUUCGCGAUGGUGGUGGUUUCUGCCCUCAUGUUCUUGUUGUUGCAGAGAAAAUUGAAAAGCUGCGAAGCUUCAUGGAUUCCUACAAGAAAUCUAGUAACAAACUGGGCAACAUCAGCGCAAACCUCCCUAAACAACUUGGGGGAAAGCCAAAUCAAGAAAAGAAACCAAGAAGAGGAAAAAAAACAAUGUGAGCCAGGAACCAGUCCUGUUAGAGGAAGACUAUUCCGACAUGAUGGCACCAAAACCCAUGAGGUAAACCGAAUAUUACCAAAAUGACGAGCCCUUCUAUGUAGUAUUCAUUCAUCACUAUGCAAACGCAACAACAUGCAUUGGUUGCACAAAUGAGUUCCCCAAGCGAGUACAGAUAGCACCCUACAACAUUGCCAUACUUCAAAAAAGAGCGUUACUGGUACCUAAAAAAAAUGAUGAUCAAGGGAAUGUUGAAAUGGUACCAACCCAUAAAAAGAAGGCCAAGAGGUUUUACUGCGUACAUAAAGAGUGUAUUCUUCUUCAAGGCACCCUUAGUUCUGGAGAGGUUUGGUAACUGUCUCUACUAAUGUCCAGGGGCGCUUGAAAGAGAGCCACAAGGAUCUAUAUGCAAUGCUAAAGUUUAGAUAACAAGAGGAUAAUGCACAAAGCAAACUCAACUAAAGGAGGAGUAAGAUUUCAACUGGUCUUAUUGCUACUCAUAUGAUGCCACCUAUGAACGAUAGAAAAACCAAUUGUGAGCGUCCAUCUGGCACAGCUUGAUGUUAUUGUGCAUCAUUUUUCGGUUACUGCGCCUCUGAAGUGUCAUUCCUAGCAAAAUUGCCAGGGGGCAUAGCCAGCCCAUACUGAGAUCUGUAGGCCCAAGCCUAAAACUUUUUGGUUUGAUCGCUCUACCGCUUGUAAUAAAUUAUGCAUUGCUGGAGUGAGCUUAAAAGGUUAAGUCUAUUGGUGAGGUCAGUGUGUAUUAGCAGUGCGUGCAAUUUUCAGGAUAUCUAUGUUAAAUGAAAGUCAGCCAGGCCUACAACUGGUCGAAAAGCUGGCUACACCCUUGACUGCUUGCUGAUCGUGGUAGUGAGCUUUCUUUGUAUGUCUGAUCCACAAUAUUUGUCCUGUAUCCUUUCGUUUCUCUAUUAAGGUUUUGCUCAAAUAAAUUUUCAAGAAUGCAAACGGCUGUCUCCUAUAGGUUUUGCCGCACGGAUUAAAGAGGGCCCAAAAUCUAACUUGCAAUGACAUUGAACCUAUUAAUGAUUCGGAGAUGGACGCUCAUAGGCUCCUCGUUAGGCCCUGUUCCUUAUUCCCAGUAAAUUUUCACAACAACAACAGCAACAAAAGUACGUUUCAUAUUAGCUUGCGAUAUUUGGUGGUGAGGUGAGGCACGAAUAUUUGUAUUUCCUACUAGGUUAUUUAGUUUCUUUUCAUGAUUUAUUUCAGUACCGUGCAGUACACGAAAAAUUACUCGCAUAAUAAGAUGAUUAUCGAAAUAGUGAAUGCUGCUGAUAGAAUCAAGGGAAUAAUCUAUCCACAAAAAAGUAACUGGUUUGAUAAAAAUAACAUCCUACUAUACGUAUACUUACUUUUUUUUUACUUCAGACAACAUUGAUUCGGGGGGUGACGGGAUUUACGGCGUUUAAAAAGAAUGAAAUAAUAAAUGAAUUAAAUGUUUGUAAAAAGCACCCGUUUUAAACAAGUGUGUCAACUACUUUUGUCCCUCACGUAGCUUCGCAAAAUAGUAAUAAUUUCUUGCAAAAUUACAACAUUUUGAAAUGACUUUUAAAUACGACUCAUUAAUAACGGUUUUGGACUGAUUAGUGUUCAACUCGGUCUGUAAUGAUACGAGUGAUUACUGAAAUGGACGACACAAAGUCCUGGUAUCAAUUAAUCAUAACCAUUGCAAUUUCCGAGGAAAUAAAUACAUCCUUUUUUUUGGUGGAAGAGCUUUUAAUAACAAUCAUCCAAAAUAAGGGAAACUUUCCCCAAUUUCUCUCUCAGAGACAGUCUAAUGUUACAAAUUCGUCCAAUUUGGAGAAUCCCCAGUUUACUAGGUUAAGCGGUUGUUGCUAUGCUUAUUGAGAUAACUUCUGUGAUUGGUGGAUUUUUGCAAGUGCAGUUAAUAAUGAGUUUUAGAAAUAAAAAGAGAAGCCUCCAGAGUCGUCAGGAAUUGAUCAGUAGUUUUAUGUUUACACUUAUUUCCAUGGCAAGAAAACAAAUUUAAAGGACGACAAAAAGAGAAAAGAGAAGUGAAAAAUGCAGAAGCAGAGCAAACUCCCCAAAACAGAACAGGAAUAUUCACACAACACCAGCUCUUUGGCCUUGAACUAGAAUUUGAACUAAAAGAAAUUGUGUCAAGUAAUGAAAUUUCCGAUAUUUCUCAAAGACUGCAACUUAGUGAACCCCAAGUUAGACCUUCGUUUUAACACAGACGAGCAAAAUGGAGGAGAAAAGGAAUGCUACGCAGACCUGAUGCUCACUGCAAAAGGAAACUUUACGCUUAAAAGCUUGUUAACUGGAUUUAUAGCCAUUGACAUUUUUAUGGUUGGUGGCUUCUAGAGAAGCCGUUUUUUUCUAAUAGCCUUAGCAUUCAAAGCUAAAGACUGUCAAUUAUCUGAGCUAUUUUAGCUGAAAAGCUGUCCUUUUGUUCCUGUUGUUCUUCUUUGGAAAACAAACGUUUCAUCACUGAUUGGCAGUUUUCUUUACUGUCCAAAUUUGUGCUGUGAAUCUUCUUCAUAUGCCUGUCAAGCCAUGAAAUGAAUAUGUUGAUUGACAUGCUUCACCAAAGAGCAGUUUACUAGGUUUUGAAGAGGAUGCUUUAAAUUGUUCUUCUUGGUCUUUCUUGGAUGACAUCGUUUCAAAUGUUUGUCCAACCCUUUGAAAUACAAGCCAGCUUGUUAACAACCAGAAAAUCAGCAGUAAACAUCUGAAGCCAUGAUUUCUAAUAACGCUUACUCAGUAGCUACGCAAUCGAACUUUGUCUGCCAUUGGCUUGGCAAUACAAAUGUACAAUGUACACCUGGGAUUUGAGGCCAGAUGUAUUUGCAUAAUCAUAGUAAGCACGUGGCACCUCGUGCUUGACUUCAUUUGCCUAUCAAAAAACGCAAAACAAAUAAUGCCUUCUCUGCAGAGCGCACUAUGCGAUUCGUGCCAGGGUUCAGUGCUAUUUAGAGUUCAACCCUCAUUUAAAAUGGAAUUACUGUUUUUCGAUUUUCUUUUGUAAUAUUUUCAAUUGCUCGAAUGGUUCCCUGCCUGGUGGCUACACAGAAUUUCUUCUCAUUUCUCGUUUUUCCUACUUUUUCCAUUCAAAGGAGAAAAGGUGUAACACUUAAACUUGGUCUUAAUGUAACUGUAAUGAAGUUGAAACGAAUACAAUAAGCUUCUCUCCAAUUUUUUUUUUAGGGACAAAAUCUUAGAAAAAUUGUGUCUUGGGACAGGAAGACAUGAAGCUGAACUGUAAUUUGGUAUGUAUAUUAUUUCGUCCCGAGAAGACCAUUUCAAGGUUUUUUUUUUCCUUUGAGGGAAAGGAAGAACAACAGGAAAACAUGGCCAAUCUUUGCUUUAAAGCGCUAACAAGUGUAUGCUGCAGUUAAAUGGUCAUCAUUUGUAAUAGUCGAUCAUGCACACGCAUUAUACCUGUUUUAAGACAGAUGUAGACUUUACCACAAGUUGACUUUUUUUGAGCAACAUAGUUGUGAAAAGAGUGCCCAACGAAAAUGGACUUUCAGAAAGUCUAAGGCAGAUGUGUUGGAAUUUUAGUACCUUCUGGAGGCCUCGGUUGUCGGCUUUGGGUUUACCUCUAGCAAAAUUUGGUUUCGUGUCUGGUUUGAAUUUGCAACAGAACCUGGAAACAAAAACUUUUUAACCUAUUAAUUCAUUGAUCUAGACCAUUUUUAUGAGCGUCAAAGAACACAAUACAAUACCUGCACCAAAAUGGUGUCGCUCACCGAGAUCUUAAGCCAGCAAAUAUCCUGAUCAGCAAUUAACAUUAUUGUGAUUUGGCAAUCGAUUAUAUAGAGCAAGCCUGGGAAUGCCACCCUUUAGUUCGUAAAGUUGCUGAUUUUGGCGAAGGCUGCUUUGGUGAAAUACAGACUAAUUCCAGUCUACAGUCCAAAACGAAUCGCGUAAACCAAGGUACACCCAUGUAUAUGGCCCCCCCCGAUGCUAGUUGAAGAGAUGCGAUUGCCAGUUGCAUCAGCAGUCUUUUGGCAUGAUCUUCUCUGUCCUUAUUAAUUGAGCAUCUGGUACCCAUACUAUGGGAAAAUUCAAGAAGCCCUAGAAGGGGAAAGCGCCUAUUUGGACGUUUGAGAAUCUCUUUAAGAACAGGAAAGUUUGAGUUUGAUAGCAGCUACACGGUGGAGACCAAGAAUGAAAAGAUAUAAUGUGACAAGAGCUGCAAAUCCUUUCGCGAUGGUGGUGGUUUCUGCCCUCAUGUUCUUGUUGUUGCAGAGAAAAUUGAAAAGCUGCGAAGCUUCAUGGAUUCCUACAAGAAAUCUAGUAACAAACUGGGCAACAUCAGCGCAAACCUCCCUAAACAACUUGGGGGAAAGCCAAAUCAAGAAAAGAAACCAAGAAGAGGAAAAAACAAUGUGAGCCAGGAACCAGUCCUGUUAGAGGAAGACUAUUCCGACAUGAUGGCACCAAAACCCAUGAGGUAAACCGAAUAUUACCAAAAUGACGAGCCCUUCUAUGUAGUAUUCAUUCAUCACUAUGCAAACGCAACAACAUGCAUUGGUUGCACAAAUGAGUUCCCCAAGCGAGUACAGAUAGCACCCUACAACAUUGCCAUACUUCGCAAAGAGCGUUACUGGUACCUAAAAAAAGAUGAUCAAGGGAAUGUUGAAAUGGUACCAACCCAUAAAAAGAAGGCCAAGAGGUUUUACUGCGUACAUAAAGAGUGUAUUCUUCGAAGGCACCCUUAGUUCUGGAGAGGUUUGGUAACUGUCUCUACUAAUGUCCAGGGGCGCUUGAAAGAGAGCCACAAGGAUCUAUAUGCAAUGCUAAAGUUUAGAUAACAAGAGGAUAAUGCACAAAGCAAACUCAACUAAAGGAGGAGUAAGAUUUCAACUGGUCUUAUUGCUACUCAUAUGAUGCCACCUAUGAACGAUAGAAAAACCAAUUGUGAGCGUCCAUCUGGCACAGCUUGAUGUUAUUGUGCAUCAUUUUUCGGUUACUGCGCCUCUGAAGUGUCAUUCCUAGCAAAAUUGCCAGGGGCAUAGCCAGCCCAUACUGAGAUCUGUAGGCCCAAGCCUAAAACUUUUUGGUUUGAUCGCUCUACCGCUUGUAAUAAAUUAUGCAUUGCUGGAGUGAGCUUAAAAGGUUAAGUCUAUUGGUGAGGUCAGUGUGUAUUAGCAGUGCGUGCAAUUUUCAGGAUAUCUAUGUUAAAUGAAAGUCAGCCAGGCCUACAACUGGUCGAAAAGCUGGCUACACCCUUGACUGCUUGCUGAUCGUGGUAGUGAGCUUUCUUUGUAUGUCUGAUCCACAAUAUUUGUCCUGUAUCCUUUCGUUUCUCUAUUAAGGUUUUGCUCAAAUAAAUUUUCAAGAAUGCAAACGGCUGUCUCCUAUAGGUUUUGCCGCACGGAUUAAAGAGGGCCCAAAAUCUAACUUGCAAUGACAUUGAACCUAUUAAUGAUUCGGAGAUGGACGCUCUACAGCUUCAUAGGCUCCUCGUUAGGCCCUGUUCCUUAUUCCCAGUAAAUUUUCACAACAACAACAGCAACAAAAGUACGUUUCAUAUUAGCUUGCGAUAUUUGGUGGUGAGGUGAGGCACGAAUAUUUGUAUUUCCUACUAGGUUAUUUAGUUUCUUUUCAUGAUUUAUUUCAGUACCGUGCAGUACACGAAAAAUUACUCGCAUAAUAAGAUGAUUAUCGAAAUAGUGAAUGCUGCUGAUAGAAUCAAGGGAAUAAUCUAUCCACAAAAAAAAGUAACUGGUUUGAUAAAAAUAACAUCCUACUAUACGUAUACUUACUUUUUUUUUUUACUCAGACAACAUUGAUUCGGGGGUGACGGAUUUACGGCGUUUAAAAAGAAUGAAAUAAUAAAUGAAUUAAAUGUUUGUAAAAAGCACCCGUUUUAAACAAGUGUGUCAACUACUUUUGUCCCUCAUGUAGCUUCGCAAAAUAGUAAUAAUUUCUUGCAAAAUUACAACAUUUUGAAAUGACUUUUAAAUACGACUCAUUAAUAACGGUUUUGGACUGAUUAGUGUUCAACUCGGUCUGUAAUGAUACGAGUGAUUACUGAAAUGGACGACACAAAGUCCUGGUAUCAAUUAAUCAUAACCAUUGCAAUUUCCGAGGAAAUAAAUACAUCCUUUUUUGGUGGAAGAGCUUUUAAUAACAAUCAUCCAAAAUAAGGGAAACUUUCCCCAAUUUCUCUCUCAGAGACAGUCUAAUGUUACAAAUUCGUCCAAUUUGGAGAAUCCCCAGUUUACUAGGUUAAGCGGUUGUUGCUAUGCUUAUUGAGAUAACUUCUGUGAUUGGUGGAUUUUUGCCAAGUGCAGUUAAUAAUGAGUUUUAGAAAUAAAAAGAGAAGCCUCCAGAGUCGUCAGGAAUUGAUCAGUAGUUUUAUGUUUACACUUAUUUCCAUGGCAAGAAAACAAAUUUAAAGGACGACAAAAGAGAGAAAGAGAAGUGAAAAAAAAUGCAGAAGCAGAGCAACCUCCCCAAAACAGAACAGGAAUAUUCACACAACACCAGCUCUUUGGCCUUGAACUAGAAUUUGAACUAAAAGAAAUUGUGUCAAGUAAUGAAAUUUCCGAUAUUUCUCAAAGACUGCAACUUAGUGAACCCCAAGUUAGACCUUCGUUUUAACACAGACGAGCAAAAUGGAGGAGAAAAGGAAUGCUACGCAGACCUGAUGCUCACUGCAAAAGGAAACUUUACGCUUAAAAAGCUUGUUAACUGGAUUUAUAGCCAUUGA